CUGCUUCCCGGGGGAAUGGGGAGACGAGAGAACGGGGAAUCGUGGAGGGGAGAGCGGGCCUCAGGGAGCCGGGCCGGGACGGCGCAGGGGCUGCCGCCUCUGGGAGGGGAUGCGGGAGGGCACACGGAUCCCGGGAUGGCGGAUUGGGGCUGCCGCCGCAGGGAGGGGACGCGGGACGGGCACACGCCUCCCGAGUGUCACACGCUGUCCCCGCCCCGCGCCCCUCCCGCUGUGCAUCAUCUCCGUGCGCCGGGCCCGGCCAUGGCGGCGGGGUCUGCGGGGGCCGUGGCGGCGGCGCUGAGCGGGGCGGGCGCGCUGCGCUUCGGGCACUUCGUGCUGAAGAGCGGCCGCUCCUCCCCCGUGUACAUCGACCUGCGCGGCCUCGUGUCCCACCCGCGCCUCCUCCGGCAGGUUGCAGGACUUCUUUUCCAGGCAGCCCAGGAUGCGGGUGUGCGGUACGACUGUGUGUGCGGCGUUCCGUACACGGCGCUGCCGCUGGCCACCAUCAUCUGCUCGGAAAAUCAGGUUCCCAUGCUCAUUCGGAGGAAGGAGGGAAAAGACUACGGUACUAAGCGGAUGGUAGAAGGCACCAUUAAUCCAGGAGAGACAUGCCUGAUCAUUGAGGAUGUGGUAACAAGUGGAUCCAGUGUUCUGGAAACUGCAGAAGCUCUUCAGAAAGAAGGAUUAAAAGUCACAGAUGCCAUAGUGCUGUUGGACAGGGAGCAGGGUGGGAAGGCCAGGCUAGAGGAACACGGAAUUCGCCUGCACUCUGUGUGCACCUUGUCUGGGGUGCUGGAGAUUCUCCAGCAGCAGGGAGAAGUGGCUGCUGAGAUGGUUGAAAAGGUGAAGAAAUUCAUAGAGGGAAACGUGUUUGAGGCAGUGUCUCAGAAUGGUGCUGCUCCUGUGAAGAGACUCUGCAAGGAGCUGAGCUUCAGCGCUCGUGCCCAGCUGCCAGGGGUGCAUCCUAUUGCAGCCAGGCUUCUCAUGCUCAUGGAAAAGAAGCAAACAAACUUGUGCCUUUCUGCUGAUGUCACCAGCUCCAAGGAGCUGCUGCAGCUGGCUGCCACCCUGGGCCCCAGCGUCUGCAUCCUGAAGACUCAUAUAGACAUCCUGAACGAUUUCACCCAGGAGGUAGUAAAGGAGUUGAGAACGCUCGCAGAUCAACACGAAUUCUUGAUCUUUGAAGACAGGAAAUUUGCAGAUAUUGGAAACACAGUGAAACACCAGUAUGAAGGUGGCGUGUUCAGAAUCGCGUCCUGGGCGGACAUUGUCAAUGCCCACGUGGUUCCAGGCUCUGGAGUUGUGAGAGGUCUGAAGGAAGUGGGUCUUCCUCUGCAGCGUGGCUGUCUCCUGGUUGCAGAGAUGAGUUCCCAAGGGUCCCUUGCAACGGGUGAAUACACAAAAGCUGCAGUGCAGAUGGCUGAAGACAACUCAGAUUUCAUUUUUGGAUUCAUAUGUGGAUCUAGAGUUAGUAAUAAACCAGAAUUUCUUCACUUAACCCCAGGAGUGCAGCUGCAAACUGGAGGUGAUAACCUUGGACAGAAGUACCUAAGCCCCAAGGAAGUUAUUGGUGAAAAAGGUUCAGAUAUCAUUAUUGUGGGACGGGGCAUCUUGGCAGCUCCAGACCGUCUCCAAGAAGCAGAGAAGUACAGGAAGGCAGCGUGGGAGAGCUACAUGAGCAGGCUUGGUGCUCCUGCAGAAGAUUGAAAAGCACACGCUGUCCCAGCCAGUAAGCAAAGCUGAUGGAGCUGCAGCCCUCAUGAGGAGUCCAGUUAAAUACGUGGACACUUCAGCCUGUAGAAAACUGCCCUUUCGGAGAAAAAUCCAUUACAAAGUUGUUUUAAUUGUACACACAGAGGUCAAAUUGUACUUGCCAUUGUUUUUUGAUAUUUGAAUGUAAGAACCCAGAAUUUCAUGCCCAUUUUUUAGCCUUAGUGGGCUUUCUUGUUUGAAAAAUGUUGCACAAAACACUCCAAGGGUAUUUUUUUGGCUGUUGUUGCCUUUGUCUCUUUCCCCCCCCCUCAAAUUCUUUCUGGCUGUGGAAAUGGUAUUUUGUUAUGUUCUUAAUAAACUGCAUCUGCACACUUGAUGUGCUGCUCCACCUUCACAGGUUUAUUCAGCUCUCCUGUUUCCAAGGAGCAAGUUUUUAAUGCCACACUGAAAUUGAAUUAUGUGGUGUUUAAUAAAUACUUUUUUGCUACCAUUUUCCUUUUCACUGGCUCUGGAUGUCUUUUUUCUGUGGCAGAAGUAUAAUAAAAAGUCAUUCCCGUGUGUCUGUGAC